CCUCCAUGGACAAGCCCUUCUUCUUUUUCCCACUCGUGAUGACUCCUUGAGUGAGGAAGACAUGACCUCAGCGGACAGUGAGGUGAAAACCCUCCUCAACUUCGUCAACUUGGCCUCCAGCGACAUCAAGGCUGCCUUGGACAAGUCGGCCCCUUGCCGCCGCUCUGUUGACCACAGGAAAUACCUCCAGAAGCAGCUCAAGCGCUUCUCCCAGAAAUAUUCUCGCCUGCCUCGAUGCCACCAUCACCACCACCACCACCACCAUCAUCCCCAGCAACAACAACAGCCAUCGCCGCCUGUUAGGGAACGAAAGACGCCUGAGGGAAAAGGACGAGGAGGCCUCAGUGCUGUCACCACUGACUUACCCGAGGCCUCAGUCAGCCAAGGUGGAAGCCUCAUCCUCUCCUCAGUUCUAGGCCACAGUGACCAAGUCAACAAAGCUUCAGAGGCCGAGGCUGAGCACCAACAUGGUGCUUCUGAGGUGACUACUAGGCCUGACCAAGUGCCCAUGAGGAAAAGACAGCUCCCGGCCUCCUUUUGGGAAGAGCCUAGGCCACCUCCAGGCCCUCUGGGCUUAAGCAGCCUGGCCUUUUCUUCCUCUUCCUCCUCUUCCAAAGACCUGUCAUUUUAUGAGGGAAAGAAAAUGCAAAAAGACCCCAAUGGAGGGACUGAGGUGACUGAGAGUCCCCCUGGAGGGCCAGCCACAGAGGCCAUGAAGGUGCUGAGCGCCUGGAGCUACUGUCCAUUUCAAUACCACAGACCACAAGUUGGCAUCUAUCCUCCAUCCCUGGCAGCCACCACCACCCUCCACUCAGCCCCAGCAGCCCCCUUCCCAAGCUUGGGUCUGUGGAGGAAGAACGUGGCUUCCCCGAUGGAGGGAGAGGCCUUUAGCAGCAAAAUGGAAGGCGGUGGUAGUGGUGGUGGGACGGGGCAAAAAGUGCACCGGCCAGUGGUGUGGAAACCCAUCCCCACCAAGCCAGCCGCACCUCCUCCCUCCCUCUUCAGUGUUUUUGGGUACAUUUAGACCUAGUGAGGUUCCCACCAUUGGUGAUAGCGUCAUCUCUAGUCUCUAAAGGAGCCAUUGUGGCGUAGUGGUUUGAGUGUUGGACCAGGACUCUAGAGACCAGGGUU